ACAGGUUGUUGAAAGGAUGGUGGUGCUUUUUGGAUUGUGACCUGCUUUAUAUAACCCAGGGCUAUGACACUGGCCUGGGAGGAACAGGGAAGUGCCAGCAACAGAGGUGUAUCACCUUAUCAAAUUAAAUUUUAAUUUCCACGUUGACCACCAUCAUCAUCGUCAUGACCAGCAUCACCAUACUCAGAAGAGGAGGAGGAAGGAGUGGAACUGUAUUGUCCAAUGGUUGCAGACUGUGGGGGAUUUUCAUGAACUCCUCCUACACACGGGGAGGCCUUAUUUAUGACAAACUUUCAUCCCUGCUUCAGAACAACUCAACAGUUCAUCUGUCUGAGCGUCUUCACCAGCUUGACAAGAAAGACAGGAUGGCAACAUCAGAUGGGUUUCCAGCCAGUUUCUAUGGUGAACCAGGAGUGUUAGGCAUGUUAUCCAAUGGGAUAAGUGCAUUCCUCGUACUGCUACAGAACUUCAAUACAGCACACACUGGCAAUGCACCAGUUGGAGUGGAAAACAUACUUGCAGGUGUUCAUCUCAUUUUGAUUGGUGGUAUAUGCCAACUGGUGGCUGGACUGAUUUCCUUUAGAAGAUACGAUCAUCUGAGUGGCACUGCGUUCAUUGGCUAUGCUGCUCUUUGGGGCAGUUAUGGUGCCACCCGAAUCUACUUCGGUGCCUUAGCUGAAACUCCUGCAACAGCAUCUAUGCCACAUCAGAUGAUGAACAAUUUGUCCCUGUCCACUAACAUGAUGAGCAACAUGUCUCUGAAUGCCACCACAGAGAUUCCAGUUAGCCAUCUUUUGCUGUCCAUAAAAGAGUCAGCAAUCGCUGGUCUGGUCCCUUAUAUCCUUCUGUCCUUUCUCCUAGCCUUCUGCUCUGCCACAGUCAAUUACAUCAUGCCUUUUGUUUUUGGGGCCAUCACAGCCACCUUAGUUUUUGAAGCAGUGGGUCUGGUAGCGAGCUCCUGGGCUCUCGUGGUCUCUGGGGUUCUGGAGUUGCUCAUUCUGAUUUUUGCCAUCUAUGGUUCAGCUGCACUGCUCGUAAAAGGUCUGACUCAACGUCUAGUCCUCAAAGGCUUCGGUACCCCCCUUUUUAAUGUUCUUCUGCUAGGGACCCCCAACUCAGCAAGCGCCCAGAGCAUUGGCCAGGAGAAGAAGAAAAACACAAAAUAUGCAGAGCCCAUGGCCUUGGGUUUCUUCUGUGACACUGUUGCCUCUUUCAUCUUUGCUUUCUACAGCUUUGGGUACAUGAAGUCCUUUGGCUUAGGAGUAGCAUGGGUCUCAAUCAUCACAGUUGCCCAGCUGUUCUCCAGCUACUACGCCCAUCUGCGCCAAGACUGCUACCACACCACUAAGUUUGGUCUCCAUGCCACAUAUUGGCUGAUCAAAGCUUGGGAUGAAUUUGUGGUAUCUGCUCUGGUUGCGGAGGACAUUAAUGUGGCCUCAGGUAGGGUAACAAUGGUGGGAAAUUGGUUCUUUGUGAUGGCAGGCGUGGUGCUCUGUGUGGGAAGCCUGAACACAGAUGUCCUAGAGCUGAUCCACAACAUGUUGUUUCUCCUGCUUACGCUCUCAACAAUCCCCCAGAUUCCUCUCCAGGGAUACUACAUCUUCUUUGGUGUAGCCUGCUGCCUGUUCACCGCAGCCUCAUUGUAUGGCACUUUCUCGCGUCUCAUCAACACCAUAGCAGAGAAGUCUCUAAUCCCUGUAGGACCACAGCCCAUUUCCUCUGACCAGUUGAAGAAGGCUUUGAAGUGCUGCAGGGCCGAGCAGGGGGACCCAGAGCCCCUACCCCAAACUGACCAGGGUUCAGACACCCUGUUCUACCUUUCAAAUGGGAUUGCAGCUCUCUCAGCUCUUCAUGCAAGUUCAUCCAGAACGAAUCCUACCUUUCUUCAUCUGACUAUCCCUUGGGUCCUCAUCUCUGGAGCCAUCAUCCAGGUCUAUGUCAGCCGACUGCAAGUAACAGGAGGUGGCCAUUUUGGUUCAGUCAUCUCAUCCAUCUAUGUAGCAGUAUGGGCAACCUGGACCUGGUUUAGGUUUGCAGGUGACAUGCUUCAGCUUUCCACAGAGGAAGCUUACGGUUUUACAGCCGGAGCCAUUGCUCUCUUGGUCAUUAAUGCUUUCCUUAUGCUGAUUGCUGCCAACAGGAACCUGGUUUUGCUGUUUCUAACAGCAGUCAUGGAGGUUGUUCUGGUCUGUUUCCUGCUUUCCACUCUGCAGCGACUGCCUUAUGAGCUAGAAAUUGCCAUGCUUUCACUACUUUCAAUAAUUUGUAUAUAUGGAGCUCUGGCAUCACUGGUGAACUGUAUCUUCUCACAAAGACUGCUACCUAUGGGCCCUCCCUUAAGAAAGGAGAAAGUGAAGCAGGAAUCUGCUCCGGAGCUUCCCUGUCCCGUGGCUAAUUCCCGACUCACCAGUGGUCUCCUGAAGAUCUCUGGCCUCCUGAAAGAAGGAGGAGUGUGUGGUAUUCCCACAGACACUGUGUAUGCCCUGGCUGCCUCCUGCAAGAAUCCUCAAGCUAUAGAGAACAUCUAUAAUAUUAAAGACAGACCAGCAGAGAAGCCCAUCUGCAUUUGCAUCUCUAACGUGGAGCAGCUGGUGGCAGCCAAGCCUCCCUUCAGCCCUCUGCUCUGGGAGUUUAUGAGGAAUGUGUAUCCAGGCGGCAUCAGCUGCAUCGUCAGCAAAGGAGACUGGCUGUUCACACUAGGAGUGGGGCCAGCUUAUGACCGUGUUGGCACCAAGGAUAGCAUCAUGAUCCGCGUCCCUAACCACACGGUGACAGGCCACCUAUGUGACAUCACCGGACCCCUUGCUAUCACGUCAGCCAAUCCCAGCGGAGAGCCAGACAGCACCCACCACACCAUGGUCAUCAAUCGACUGGGACACAAGAUCCAAGGGGUUCUGUGUGACGGAGACUCAAAUGAAGUUGUUGCUUCCACCGUGGUUAACUGCCUGAAGAUUGAUGAAGGGACCAUCACCAUCGUAAGGGAAGGAUGUGUCCCUGCAGUAAAAGUCCGACAGAUCUUCGACAGAGUGAAAAGCGCUAUGGUGUGAUUGUCUCGUACCUCAUUUCUCUACCUCAGAGAGCCUCAUCAUGACUUGUUCCCUACAAGAAAAGAAGAAACACUAAAUGGAUGAUAUGUGAAUGACUGAGUGAAAGCAUGUGUAUUGCUGGUUGUGUAGCCUAUGUGUGGUUUUCUUGGCAAAUGUUACAAUAAAAAAAACAUUUGUAGCUCACAAUGUCACGACAUGAAUUACGCAGUUAUGUUUAUAAUAAGCUGGGUGAAAUAGAUACAUUUUCUGUUGCUGUAUGUAUUAAGCUCACAGUGCAAACAAUGAAUUUGACUAAUGUUGUGCAAUGUUUGUGUCCAAAAAUAAAAAUAACAAUGUCACAGAUUA